UUCAGAAAAAUGUAAUUGACAAGGAAUGUCCAUUUCAAGUAGUUGUUAUUGAAAAGGUAGCUAUAGUUCCAUAUGAAUAUUUCAAGCAAUGAAACUGGUGAAUUAUUGUAUCAAAUAUCUGACACUUCAAGAGCAGCUAUUGGAAUCACACUUUUGUUUAUUUUUUUGAUUGGUGGAGCAGGGAAUACAGUGAUGAGUCUCUUAGUUUUUCGCCACACUGAAAUGCACUCAAUCAUCAAUUUGCUGCUUUCAACCAUGGCCGCAUCAGAUGCUAUAAUCUCCAUCGCUUGCGUACCAUUCGAUAUUGUAACUGUGAUAUUAAGAAAGUGGAUAUUUGGAUGCGUAUUUUGCUUCAUACAUGCCUACGUUUUAACACUGCUGGUCGUGCAGAAUGUUGUGCUGCUUGUCAUAAUAAGUAUUGAUCGCUACCUCAUUUUAGUGCACAAAAGACAUUAUCUUUAUGACUGCAAAGCUACGUCUUUGGUCUCGUGCUGCUUAUUGUUUUCUAUGUUAAUAUCGUGUCCACCUAUAUUUGGAUUCGGGAAAUUCCUGUUCAUGAAUGCACCUUGCAAACAAGGUCUUAAUGCUGAAAGAAGCGAUGUCAUAUACUUGUCUAUGUUUUCAAGUCUGGUGUUUGUGUUACCAUUUGGACUUCUUCUUUUAGCAUAUGUUCAAAUUAUCUCAGCAAUAAGAAAGAGCAAAUAUCGAGUGAGACCUGAGUUGCAAAGGGUAGAGCAAAAUCGCCAGUUUGCGGUUGGACGCCAGUCCUUUGAUGCACGUUUUAAGCAAAAGACAUUUUCAACCAUACUAUAUUUAUACAUUGCAACCAUGUCGUGCAAGAUACCUUUAUUAGUGUCUCUCUUAAUACAGAAGUUCUCAAAGACAGUCAUCUGUCCAACGCCAUACUGGGUUUUGGUUAUAUUGUAUUCGAACUCAGCUAUUAACCCCUUCAUCUAUGCAUCUAAGAUAACAACUUACUGGAUGGUAUUGAAUGGUAAGUUUAGACAUGUUAGAAAUAAAGCUCGUGGUUUAAGCAUCAACAAGAAAAGAAACAAUCCAGAAUGUAUUUAUAAAAUAUCUAUUGAUGCACAGUCAAGUUCUCUUGCACAAAUGGAAAAAAUGUAAGAUUUGAACCUGUCAGAUAAACAGCUAACAAUUUUUUAAAACAUUUUUAAGUCAGUUUUGUAUAAUUUGCCAUAAAAACUGCAAUACGCAAGGUUUUUUGUGCAUUAUUGCAAUAUUUUUGAAUAAAAGCUGAGAAAUUAGAAGUACGUGUA